AUGGCAAAUCAACAAAUCGAUAGCGUUUCUUGUGUCGAAGCAAGUUAUAGGUUGAUUGAUGAAAUAAAACAUAUCAUCAUAAACCUUAAAAGAAGUAAAAAAAUCUUUGACCCAAUUAUUCAUUCUUCUUCAGAAACUGUACGAGCUUUACAUUAUGUAAAAAAUGAAGUUGAAUUAUAUUUUCAGCAAUAUGAAGAUGCUUUUAAUAAAUAUAAAAUUUCCUUAGAAAAUAUAAAAGAAUUUGCGAAAGAAAUAGCGAAUAUAGAAAAAAGUCAUUAUCUCUUUUAUCCUUAUAGGCAUGUAAAAGAGAAAUAUGAAAAAUUAUUAAAAGAACAUGAGAAUUGUGAAAAAAAAUUAAAUCCAAUUCUGAUUAAAGUAAUAAUGAAUAAACAAGAAAGUCAACAAGAAGAUUUUAAAAAUGUUCAUGAGAUGACUCACUAUAUGGAACCAAAGAUCACUAAUUUUUAUCUUGCCAAACAUGUGACAGAGAUAGGACAUGAUAAUGAAGAUGGUGUUAUCUCGGAUUAUAUCUUGAGAAUUAUUAAUUGGUAUGCACCUGAAAUGAUGCAAAAUAAUGCCAUAUAUACACACGAAUGUGAAAUUUACAGUUACGUAAUGCUUUUAUGGGAACUAGCUUUCCAAAGGGUUCCCUAUGAAAAAAUGAGUACAGAAGAAAUUGUUACUCAUGUUACAAAUGGUCGUAGAGAAUCUCCUGAACCACCUUUUUAUACAUUGGAAUUUCUUAAUAUUCAAAAUAAAUACUUAAGAAUCGUUGCUGAAGGUUGGGUUGUUAACCCAGAAAAAAGGAUUAGAAUGGAUGACAUUCUAUUAAGAUUAUCUAGUAUUGAAGCUGACUUUACCAAACCUAAGAGAAAUAAUUCAGGUUCUGUUCAUUCAUCUGAUCAACUCGAUCAACGUUCACAUAUACGUACUAGGGCUGCUUCAGUUCCGGUUAAACCUUACAGGCAGCCACAUCAACUUUUAUUAAGAUCCAAGGAUAAUGAAUCCAGGCCCGAUAAACAUACAAUUCCAGAUUCUCCAGGAUUCUCUAGAAUUUUGUCUCCAAGAGAAUCUAGAAAAUCUAGACCUUCAUCAAUUUUAACUCCUCGUUUGGAACCUGUUAAAGAAUCAUAUACAUAUUUUACAGCAACACCACUUGAAAUGGAUUUUCCAGAGUCGUACAAGAUUGAAUCAUCCAAUGAGUAUUAUUCAUCAUCACCAAGUAAUACUUCGUAUUUAAUAAGUCCUGAAAUUGUGAUUGAACCACCAAAAGCUGAUGUUGUGAUUAAAUCACCAAUUAAAACUUCAAAUUUAAUAAAAACUAUUGAAGUGAAUGAAACAACAAAUAAUGCUUCGAAUUUAAUAAAAUAUGAUGAAGUGAUAGAAACAUCCGAUGAACCUUUGAAUUCAAUAAAAACUGAAACUAUCGAGGAACCAAAUGAAACUUUAGAUUUAAUCGAAACAAACGAUGUAAAUGGAACUAAACAAUCAAGACCAUCGAGUAUGUCAUUCGAAACUCCAGAUUUAAUGGAAACAACCGAUGUAAAUGGAAAUAAACCAUCGAGGCAAACAAGUAUAUCAUUCGAUGAUUCUAAAUCAAGACCGUCGAGUAUGUCAUUCGAUGAUGUAAUUAGAUCAAGACCGUCAAGUGUGUCGUUCGACGAUGUAUAUGAAACUAAACAAUCAAGACAGUCGAGUAUAUCACUUAAAUCAUCAGAAUUAUCAGAUGAGAAUGAAAAUGAACCAUCAGACAUCUCCGAUGAUGAUCCAAUACCAUCAGAGAAUAAGAAAAUAAAAUCAUUAGAGACUCCAAGUUCACAAAAUUUACAAGAAGUACCAAGUUCAAUAAGUGAAGAAUUAUAUCAUGCAUUGAUUGUCAACACUGAGAAAAAAUUAUUGACUGCAGCUUUAACAUGUGCCUUUACGUCAAAACCAAAAAUGAAAAUUUUAGAUACUAUAAAAUUUAAAGCAAAAUUAAUGCAUUCAUCAACCUUUUUAUUAGAGAAUCAUAUCGAAUCAACUAAGCUGGAACUUAAUUGGAUAUCUGAUGUUGACACUCUAAAUAACAUAUCGCAAGUGGAUUCUGUUUAUUUGGAAAUAAAAUAUCCAAAAGCUGAAGUCAGUUUUGAGAAAGGUUCUAUAAAACCAUCCAAAGAAUUUACCAGUGCAAUUCAAAAUGCUCUGGAUAAUAAAAAUCUUUAUCGAGAAUUGAUAAAAGUAUUCGAAAAAUUUGGACAUUUCUUACCUAGUAAAGUUAUUCUUGGUGAUAAAUUAUAUUCAAUAUCGAAAUUAUCAAGUUUAAAUCCAAAAUCGCCAGAGCCAAGAUCAAUCAAUAAAGAAUUUAAAACGGCCGAUGAUUUUUCAACAAAAUGUAAUGAUUACAAAGAUAUUAUCAAUCAAUGGGACAAAUACGUAAAAUCUUAUAAUAUUGAUCCAUCAUCUUUAACUUCAAUUAAUGGUGAUGUGGUUAAGAGAAAUUGUAUUAAAGAAUGGGCAAUUUCUUGCUUAAAAAAGAGUCCCGAUUCAUUGAAAAUUAUCAGUUGGGAAGGUUUAUAUCCUUUAUACGAAAUAUUAAAUUCACAUUUAUGUCAAGAAGUCAAAUUAUGUCUUGGAAAUGAUGAACAAACGAUCAGUAGCGGAGUUAAAGAGAAAGUUCUUAAAUCUGGUGUAAUACCGAUUAAAAGUUCACAAUUUAAAUAUCGUGUGAACUUUGAUUCUUCUUUAGAAUCAACAAAUUAUAAAAUUUUCGGUAAAGUCUUGAAACAGGAUGGUACUCAAUUUGAAAAUGCUGACGUCAAUUUUAUAUCUAAAGAUAAAUCUGGAUUUUCGGCGAUAAUUGAAAUCUUUUCUGAUGAUAAGCUCGAUGAUUUGAAUUUGCAAAUAACUUGGGCAUUAAUAGGAAUACCAUCCGAAGUUGGUAUUUUUGAAUCGAAUACACGAAGUAUCCCUAUUGCGUAUUUUAAUAAGCGUACAUUUACUCCGAAAGCACCAGUAAAAGAUGCUACGGGAAUAGAAACUUGUGAUAUUCAAUUAAAAACUUCGGAAAUUUUACAAUCAAGUGCAAUUCUCAUUACCACAUUCAAAUACCCUAAAUCGGAUUACAAUCAAUACUUUAUUGCAAAAGUUAAAGAUUAUCGUGAUAAAACGAUUCAUGUUAAUAUCAGUGUUCGAAAAACUGAGAAUGAAUCUCUAGAUGAAAUUGAAGAAGAAGAUUAUUGUGUAAAGGUUCCUGAACUUCAUUGGUGCGUUCUUCUAUUGGAUGAAGAUGACGAAACAAAUUUGGCAGGAAUAGGUCAAAACGUUCAUGGUGAUUAUUCAAGCUCUGAUAAUAGUGAAUUAAAUUUAAGCUACAAGAAACUUGAUACUGAAACGGGUAAAGAGCUGAUAGAAGUUUUAAAAACAAAUAAAACUUAUACCAGCUUAGAUAUAAGUUAUAAUAAUAUCGGUGUGGGAUUGGCAAAACAACUCAGGAUGGUUUUAGAAAGUAAUGAAUUUCUCACUCGAUUAAACUUAAAAGCGACGUGUAUUGAACCUGAUAUAGUAAUCCAGAUGAUAAGAGCCAAUAAAACCCGUCUUGUUGAAUUGAAUUUAAGCAGUAACAGUGAAAAAUUCACUAAAAAAGGAAAAGCGUUGAUAGAAGCUUUAGGAAAAAAUACGUCUCUUAUCACCUUAAACUUAAGUGAAAAUCCUUUUGAUUGGUCCGAUGUAAGCUUUACUCCUUUGGAAAGUAACAAAUGUCUCGAGAAUUUAGAUUUGAGCAGUUGUAAUCUUACUCCUAAAACGGUUGAAAGAUUAAGAAAAUUCUUAAUAACUUCAAAGAAUCUUAAAUCGUUAAACCUUAGUUCAAAUAAUCUCGCUUUCCAAUCAGAACGCAUAAUUUCAGAAAUCUUGGCAAAAAAUAAAACUCUUCGAGUUUUAAACUUGAGUACAAAUAAGAUUAGCUCGACAAUAGAAUCUUUAGAUAGAGAUUCAAAAACAUCUUUAACAGGCAGAGUAACGUCGCAGUAUAAGUAUAGAUACGACAUGGCCCGAGCUCUAAAAGUAAAUAAUUUGGCGGAAGCGAUAAAGAAAAAUAAAACUCUUAAGAAAUUGGAUUUAAGUUGUAAUUACAUCCGUCUCGAAGCAGGAAGAAAUUUAGCAAGAGCUUUAACGAACAAUAAAUUCAUCACUGAUUUGAACUUAAACGAUAAUGAUAUUGUUCAUGAAUUAGGUGAAUUUUUAAUGACUAUUUUAUCAAACAAUAAUAUUACCGGUAAAAGUUUAAAAUCGACAAAGAUUAGCUCUGAAAUGGUAAAGACUUUAUCACAAGAUUUAAAGUCGAAUAAAGUCAAGCUCCGAUAUUUAAAUUUAAGUCGUAAUGAAAUUAAUGGUGAUGCGAUGGUAGCUUUAAUAGAAGCUUUAGAAGAAAAUACGACUUUAAGGAAUUUGGAUCUAAGCGCUAUUACAGGAGCAGGACAAAUAGGACGAGAAUUAACAAAGUCUUUAGAAAAAAAUAAAACACUAAAAACAUUAAAUUUAAGUAGCUGUAAUAUUCGUAUUAAUGUAGUAAAUGCGUUGGAAAAUGCUUUACGAACAAAUGAUACACUCUCUGAUCUAGAUCUAAGUAACAAUUCUUGUUCAAUGAGUAAUUUGUUAAAAGCUUUAGAGACAAAUAGGUCGCUCAUCAAAUUGAAUAUAAGUGAUAGAGAUUUCUUUUCAGAUGAUAUAGAAGCUUUGGCGAAUGCUUUAAAAAUAAAUAAUACGCUUACUCAUCUAUAUAUAAGUAGAACUAUGGAUGAACCUGAGAUCGGAAAACCUUUAUUUGAAGCUUUAGAGGUGAACAAGAGACUUACCGAUUUGGAUUUGAGUAGAAAUAGUAUUAAAGAAAUAGAAAUUAUAGCUAAGGCAUUAUUAAAUAAUGUAUCUCUUCGAAGAUGCAUUGAAAAAAAUCCGAAUUUAGAGAUUUCUUGCACUAGGACGUCUAAAGCGAAGCAUAAAUGUGAUAGAAUUAUGCUCCACAAUCGUGAAAUGAUAGAAAUUGCCUAA